AUGAAUUACAAGGCUGGCCUGAUACUCUCUCCAGCGGUAAUCGGAAAAACUGCUUCCACAAAGUUGUUAAAUAGUGACGCCGUAAAUGGGAUUGGAGUCUUCGGGGCAUUUGGCUAUGCUGGCUUUCUUUUCUUUAGUGGCGUUAAAAUGGAUCCAACCAUGGUGACAAGAUUGAGUAAAAGGGCAAUUUACAUUGGUUUCCUGUCAAUUAUACCGCCUGCACUGUUUGCUUUAUCAAUCCUACAGGUUUUCUGCAAUACUAAAGAAGAAAAGGAUAUACAAAUGGAGAUUGCAUUUGGUUAUGCUUCUUCGACAUUUCCAGUCAUAACUUGUGUGCUCAGUGAAUUAAAGAUCAUAAAUUCAGAACUUGGCCGAAUCGCACAAAGUUCCGCAAUUGUUAGUGGAAUUUUGAGCAUAUUUCUCUUUGUUUUUUGCAAUUUGUUCGGAGAAAAUUUUCACAGUGUUCUCAUCGAAUUUUCCAUUAUUCUCAUCUACACUGCGUUCCUCUUUUUGGUGAUUCGGCCUGCAAUCAAAUUCGUCGUUAGACGCCUCCCUGAAGGCAAGCUUCUAGACAAGUUUUUCAUUGGACUUUUUGUAUUCAUGUUUCUGCUUUCUGUAAUUUCAGCCAAAUGGUCUCCAAGGUUUAGGUUCUUGGGGCCUCAUCUUCUUGGACUGGCAAUUCCAGAUGGACCACCAGUGGGAUCUACUUUGGUUGAGAAGUUAGAAAGUAUGAUGAAUCAAAUAUUUUUACCCAUGUUAUUUGUAACAUCUGGUAUGAGGGUCGAAAAAUUGUUCAUCAUUUUUCGCAGUCAUCUCUCAAUUGUAACUGCAUUUUCGAUCGCCGUAGCGAUGAUGGUGAAAUUUGUGGCUUGCUUGCUGCCAUCCUUGUAUAACAACAUGCCUUUUAAAGAUGCUUUAACAGUUUCUGCCAUUAUGUGCUCUAAAGGUGCUGUUGAGCUCGCCGGGUUCAUCUACUUCAGCGACAAAAAGAUUAUAGAUGCAGAAUUAUAUGCCCUUCUGUUUUAUUUCAUCCUGUUUAUGUCAAUCGUUGUGCCAAUGCUUGUGACAAGUCUCUACGACCCAGCAAGAAAAUAUGCAGGCUACCAUAAGAGGAACAUCAUGGCUUUGAAGCCAAAUUCAGAGCUUUCAAUAGUAUCUUGCAUUCAUGUACCCGAUGAUGUAACCGCAGCAAUCAAUCUAUUGGAUGUCGCAUUGCCUUCUAAAGACAGUCCCAUGGUGGUUAACGUUCUUCAUCUCAUGAAGCUUAGAGGACAAUCAACUCCAAUCUUCAUUUCCCACGACAAGAGAAGAAGCCCCAAUGUCUCUUCAUAUUUCGAAAACAUCAUCGUUUCUUUUGAUAAAUUUGAGGGAACCAAUUGGGGAGCCAUAUCUGUCAACGCCUUCACAGCAGUUUCUUCGCCUAAUUUUAUGCAGGAAGAUAUAUGCACUCUUGCAUUGGACAAAGCCUCAUCGCUGAUAAUCCUUCCAUUCCAUCGCAGAUGGUACAUUGAUGGAAACAUAGAGUCGGAUGAUAAAUACAUAAGAACCCUAAAUUCCAAGGUCCUGGAAAUGUCUCCUUGUUCAGUAGGAAUCCUCAUUGACCGCGGCAAAAUAAACCGUCCGGUUUACGAUGACCCAUUAUCAGAACCAGAAUACCAUGUUGCAGUCAUAUUUAUAGGAGGCCAUGAUGAUCGCGAGGCCUUAACUUUCGCAAAACGGAUGGCUCUAAACACCAGGGUGACCCUCACAGUGAUUCAUUUGGUUGCGGCCGAAAACGAGGUGAAGGGGGAUAAUUGGGGGAAAAUGCUGGAUACGGUGAUAUUGAGGGAUGUGCAGAAGAAUGGGUAUAUACAUUACGAGGAGAUGAAGGUGAGCGAUGGACCUGAAACGGCAAGAAUACUUCACUCUGUGGUGAGUGAAUUCAAUCUCAUAAUUGUUGGGAGGAGAGCUGACGUAGAGUCGCCUCAGACGUCAGGGCUGAGCCAAUGGACUGAAUUUCCUGAGCUUGGAGCCCUUGGAGAUCUUCUGGCAUCAAAGGAUUACAGUGGUAGAUGCUCAGUUUUGAUCGUGCAACAACAGCGGACAGCUUAA